UUAUACGCGACAUUCUAUCGCGGAUGACGGUUCGUUGAUUUAACAUUUCCUUCCUCUCGUGGUGGACAUCCAACUACUCUGGCGUAUCGGUUUGACGGCGCCAAGUGACAGGUCAAAAUAGCGUGUUAGUGGGUCACCUUGUAUAAUUUGUAACGAUAGAUGUUUCUAUAGGAAUUACAAACAUUCGCGUACUUUUCGAGCAGUCGAUAGGUGUUUGGUGUCAGAAGUCAUCACGAAGUGAUAGACUGUAAACAAUACGUUUUUCAGCCUGAAUUCGUAAUUUCGAUUAUAGCAAAUUAAAAGAUUAAAAGUGAAAUUGAUUGUUGCAAUUACAGGCUCUUCGAUAAUUGAAGAUUCUACGAAGAGUUAUUAAGUGUGCAAAAAUAAAAGACAAAAACAAUUACAGCGAUGUGUGCCGACUUGACAGUUGUGUGUUGUGUGAUGUUUGAGCGAUAAGAUUAAAUCGUCAAGUGGCAAAUAAAUGUGCGCGUCGUCCCUCUAUAGAUUCUUUCAGUUAUUACAAUUAUAAUCUAAUUAAAAUUAUAACUUUUAUUAAAUUAUAAUUAUAAUUUUUCGCCAAUCGAUACAAUUGUAUUCUUAAUACAAACGAAAGCAUCUUUACGAGGAAUGUUUGUUUCGGUCGGGUAGCAAGAAACGAACACAGACUCAUACUUUUAUUAUAGCAUCUCACUCAAUUUGCAAUUCGAGAAAUAGCUCUUCAAAGAUCAAUAAGAACAUUGUGUUCAUUCGGAAAUUCAAACAUUUAGAAAAUAAGAUUAAUUCAAUCGCAUACUAUCUCAGAAUUCGAUUAGAGAGGAGGGAGAGACAUAAUUAUCGUCGUGAUCCCUUCCAUCUUUCUCAAAGAUUGCGGCAGAAGAAAAUUUCGAGCACCUCCGUGACAAGUGGGUGACCCAUUAACAAUCCGUCAUCGGAAGGUUUAUUGACUCGACGCGGGUUUAUCAAGAUCGCGAGUCGGUGUUGCUUCUUUAUUUGCGCGCGACACACCGCGAUAUCAGAGAAUGUGCAUACGCGAAAGGAAGUAUCGUCGCUCCGUCGCCAGGAUGAAUCGAACGGAGGUGUGAACAAUCGAUCGGUUCGGAUCCUUCGUCAUGGGGACGUCGAGCGAGGACGAAAACGGGACGCUCGAUUUCUGGCGGGACUGGGACCUGAGCAACCUGACGGAGCUCGAGUACCUGAAUAAGGUGCUGGGACCCAGGUACUUGCCUCUGAGCUUGGUGAUACCGCUCACGAUCGCCUAUUUGCUCAUCUUCGUCUCUGGUGUCUUCGGUAACGUCGCUACGUGCACGGUCAUCAUCCGAAACUCAUCUAUGCAGACCGCCACCAAUUACUAUCUUUUCAGUCUGGCCAUAUCCGACCUCACUCUACUUAUUCUGGGUCUUCCCAAUGAGCUGAGCGUAUUUUGGCAGCAAUAUCCAUGGGCUCUCGGCGUAGGACUUUGCAAAAUUCGGGCGUACGUGUCGGAGAUGUCAUCCUACGUGUCAGUUCUUACAAUCGUAGCGUUCUCAAUGGAGAGAUAUUUGGCCAUCUGUCAUCCUUUGUACGUGUAUUCGAUGAGCGGUCUCAAAAGAUCGACGCUUUUCAUCCUUGCGGCCUGGUCGAUUGCGAUCAUCUCGGCUCUACCGUUUGCAAUUUAUACCAAGGUCAAUUUCGUCGAAUAUCCGCCAGAAUCUGGGAAUUACUCAGCUGAUUCGGCGAUUUGCGCGAUGCUUCUCCCCGAUAUGCCAAAAUUUCCCCUUUACGAACUCAGUUGUAUCGUAUUCUUUUUGAUACCGAUGCUCGUAAUUCUUGUGGUUUAUACGAGGAUGGGAUUGAAAAUAAAGAAUAGUAUGGAGAAAAUACUUGGUCCAAUACAGGGCUCUGUUCACGGCGAUUCUCAACAAACUCAAUCUAGAAAAUCCGUCAUCAGGAUGUUAAGCGUGGUCGUUAUCAUGUUCUUCCUCUGCUGGGCUCCAUUUCAUGCCCAACGUCUGCUUUACAUCUACGCACAAGACUCGGAUUAUUAUCCGGAUUUAAAUGAAUGGUUGUAUAUUCUCAGCGGUUGUCUGUAUUAUUUCAGCACCACCGUAAAUCCUAUUCUUUAUAAUUUGAUGAGCAUGAGAUAUCGUCAAGCGUUCAAACAAACGAUAUGCUGUCGAACAAAGGGUCCGACAAAUAAAAUUUUCAUGGAUAAAGGAUCUCAUCUCAGACGUGACUCUGCGAAUAAAGUUCACGAUCGAAGCGUUAUAUGUUCUAUUAGGCAUAGCAUUGCUCAAGUCAAAGAGAUAUUCUGUUUUACAUCGAGCAGACAAGAAAAUGCCAAGAAUAGAAAUAGCGAAAACGUAAGCAAUUUUCCUCAAAAUGCUUGCUUACUACAAAAGGAAGAUUCAUCCUCGGUGUUUCUCUUUGAACGAGGACAUUUACUCGUUCGCCAACAACUUAGUAAUGAAAGCACAACGUCCACGAGAAGAUCGGAAGAUAUGAUUUCCGUAGCUAAAACCAGUCUGUGAUCUAUUUUUAUUCGCUGCAUUAAAACAGAUGUAGCGCAUAACUUGUAAAUAAUUAGUUUGAACUAUUGAUUAUAAGUGUUACAAGAAUUUUACAACAUCAUUUAACAUUGUAAAUAACUAUCAAUUAUAAUAUAAUUAUACACCAAAAUAAUAAUGCAUCAAAAUUUUAUAUUAUUUAUUCUAGAAUAAACUUUUACACAUCAUGA